GCAGAAAAAUGUCAGGGGAGGGGCCUGGCUUUUGAACACGUCAUAUGUUGUUUGAGCCAGUGAGAAGCCUUGGGGGGGGGGGGGGUUCAGGAAAGAACCAGGCAACGUUUGACCCUCAAAGAAACAUCCAGAAUCUCUGGAAGGACCGGCAGCCCAAAAACCCGUGUACCAGACCUGCCUGAGAAACACCCGCAGGAGCGACGCCAGACACGCGGCGGCAGCGAGUCAACAUCGGGGCGCAUGCUGGAGCUGGGCCGCAGGUGGGCCGGCGACGCUCGUCCCCCCCCGGGAACUGCCGAGCUUCCGCCUGAACCUUCCGGUGAACGUGGGCACCCGUCUGUGGUGGCGCAGGCGCAGAGCGAAGACUUCCAGGAGUUCAGCCCGACGCACGUCCGCCGCUGUGACUCGCGCUUGGACUUUGUCCGCGCCUUCAGGCAAGCGAGUUUCAAUGCGGAAGGCCAGGGAGAGCAAGGCAUCGGGUGGUUUCGUUCGGCAGACGGAGCGCCCGUGUCGUGCCGUGACGUCAUUACCCCGCCCCCUCAAUUUAAGGACGCCCCCGACGAUGGCGUCGAGUGGUCGCAACUGACCGGCGACCGCCAGCGGGAGCCAAGCGAAAGUGAUUGGUCGCAAGUGUCGGCUGCUUUUAGCUCCUCCUCCUCCUCCUCCUCCCCCCUGUUGGCUCAGUGUGACUACGCCCCCUGGCCAGCAGGCAAAGUCGUUUCCAUUUGCCCUCCCGCCACGCACGCCGGCACACGCCACCUGCUGGGCCGGAGUACGAGUGCGCACCAAAACCGAGGCUUCCUCUUGCACCACAAGCUGCGGCGGCCCAUCACGGGUCUGUACCGAGGGGGUCGCAAGUACGACGUCUUGCGUCCCAUCCACGGCAGCGCCUCCGGGACGGUGCCCGCCGUGUACUGGGUGAGCCCCUGGCGGACGGAGGCGGCCGACGAGGACCGAGGCGACCCGGAGGCGGAAGGCCGACCCACGUCUCUGUGGGAUGAGAGCGCUUGGGACUCGGACGUGGACAUGUACGUGGGGGAGGAGGACGCCGAUUAUGAAGGGGACUGCGAGGACGAGGUUGACGAGGAGGCGUCGGCUCCCCCCCCGGCGGCGCCUGCGCAAUACCUCCAAGCCUUGCUGGAUGUUUUCCCUGUGUUGUGGAGAGGCCAGUGGACAGGCGGCGCUCCGGGGCUCACUGACGGCCAGCGUCAACACCUCCCAGGUGCUCACGCACACAUUUGCCACAUUUACUGUCACUACAAACCAAAAGUGGCACUACUGAAAGGUGUAUCACCAGGCGAGGCCCUCGGGGACGCCCACGCGCGGACCCCUGAGCCGCGGACCCCCGAGCCGCGGGAUGACCCCCCCUCCUGCUUCAGCAGCUCCUCACAGGCCUCACUAAAGGACUCUGAGCGUUCGUCGGAUGACGGGAGCUCAGGCGUCUUCUCCUCCGACGGGGGUCACGAGGAGAGUUGGGGGCGGGCACGGGAGCCCCCCUCGCGCCCAUUUGAAGGUGUGCACAUUUGGAUCGAGGACGCUCGGGGGCGGCGCCUGAAAAUUCGGGAACGGCGGUGGGUCCGAGUCGGACACGUGGCUGUCGGAAUCGGCCGGGAGAUGUCGGCGAGCGCCUUCACCUUGGAGAUGCCAGACAGGAAAUCUGUGUGCUUCCGGCGGCAGAUCGGCGAGUCUCAUCUGCGCCUCCGCUGUGUGGACGCGCCCAACUCGUGUCCGCGAUGGACGUGGCGAGUUCAGGACGGCAAACUAGAAGUCCGCCAAUGACCGGACUCAUCGGAAGCCGCCUGAACUUUUGCUCCGGGUGGUUCCGGCACAAAAGGAGCAAAUGCUAACUUCUUUUGCCUCUCGUAGCCAUUCAAGCAAGAGGAAGGUACUUUUUAGUCACCACGCAUGUGUCAGCAAUGGCGACUAAAGUUUGUUUCAACGUUGGGUGACCACUGUCUUUGACAUAAACUGAAGGUUUUGCCUUCCGUCCCAUUGGCACGCAAGCAAACAAGUGAGCUAAUCUUCAAUCCAGGCCUCCUGAGCUACAACGGGUUCAACAAGAUUUUCCACUCAUGAUCGUGUGUAUGGGGGGGUGAUUGUGUAAGACAUUUAUAAUUUGUAAUCCUAUAAACUAUGAUAAUGUAUUCUGAAUUUUUUUUGUGCUAUCACGCCGAAAGAAAAUAAAAAUUGUUUUGUGUCAUAAAAUAA